AUGUCUUCAAUUCCGAUGGCGAUCGAUUCUCCACUGGCACUGGUGCCCAACGGGCGCGUCAGCACUUCGAAUGGAAUACCAAGUACGGCCAAGGUCUCUGACAUGAUAUCCAUCUUUCGCCCUACCAAGCUCUUCCGUCGAGACCCUCCCAGAUCGGCUCCUGGAAAGGCAGGCUCAACGCAGAGCUCCAUUCUAUCCAUGGACUUUACUGAUGAAGGCGAUUUCCUCCUCACUUCAGAAAGUGACAAUAGCAUGCAAAUAUAUGAUGUCGCUAAGGGCAAAUUUUAUAAGACAUGCUUGAGUCAAAAGUACGGUGUAAUGCAUGCUAUGUUCACGCACAAGACUAGAGACUCCGGUCCAUGUAUCAUUCAUUCCAGUACCAAACAGAAUCACACCAUAAGAUAUCUCUCUACUCAUGACAACACUUACCUCCGCUAUUUCGAAGGCCAUGAAAAGAACGUCACGUGUCUCUCGUUGCAUCCUGGUCAAGACAACUUCCUCUCCUGCAGCGAAGAUAAUACGGUCCGAAUCUGGGAUGCUGGAACCCGUCAUGCCUGUGGUAAACUUAUCCUCAAUGGUGCCUAUCUAGCAGCCUGGGACCCCUCAGGAAACGUUUUCGCAGUAGCUUCGCCAACAUCCCAGUCCAUCCUAUUAUACGAUUUCCGCAAUUACGACAAGGAGCCUUUCUCAACUUUCGACGUGCUGCCUUACGCUCAAGAAUCACAAGCGAACAGUGUUAGCAAAGGCUGGAACAAGCUCGAGUUCUCGAAUGAUGGAAAACACCUCUUGCUCGGUACCACAGGGGGAGGCCACUUGCUCUUAGACGCCUUCGACGGAAACCUCAAAGCAUUCCUACGACGUGAUCGAGGAGGAGUUAAGCGUUUAGGAGUCGGGGAUCACAACCCAGAACAUACAGACCCGCACUACAGUGAAUUCCUGCAGCCCAGUAACGGCGACUGCUGCUUCACUCCCGACGGUCGAUAUGUGAUUAGCGGGACGAGAAAGGAGAACGUACUGGUAUGGGACACGCUACAACCAGCGCCGGAGAAGGUAUUGAGUCCGGUACAUGAAUUGGAGUAUAAGGGUGAUUCGGCGGUGAUGGCGUUUAAUCCAAAGUAUAAUAUGUUUGCGACAGGCGAUAAGGAGGUUGUGUUCUGGGUACCGGAUCUGGAUUUGAGGUGA